AUGGCGGGCACUAGGAACUACGAUUUUCUGAUUAAGCUGUUGCUCAUCGGUGAUUCGGGUGUAGGCAAAUCAUGCUGUCUUCUACGAUUUAGCGAGGACUCUUUCACGCCGUCGUUUAUAACAACUAUCGGUAUUGACUUUAAGAUUCGUACCAUCGAGCUCGAUGGCAAGCGUGUCAAGCUCCAGAUAUGGGAUACAGCAGGACAGGAGCGCUUUAGGACCAUCACAACGGCUUACUACAGAGGAGCCAUGGGCAUUCUUCUCGUCUAUGAUGUUACGGACGAGCGCUCAUUCAACAAUAUUCGAACCUGGUUCUCCAAUGUCGAACAGCAUGCGAGCGAAGGUGUACACAAGAUGCUUAUCGGAAACAAGUGCGACUGGGAGGAGAAGAGAGCUGUCUCAACUGAACAGGGCCAGGCGCUUGCUGAUGAACUUGGCGUACCAUUCCUAGAAGUCUCUGCGAAGAACAAUAUUAACGUGGAGAAAGCUUUCUACACUCUGGCCUCGGACAUCAAAAAGGACAUGGAUAACUCUCGGUCCGAGCAAGCUGGUGCCCAAGGCGUGAACAUAGAUCAAGGAAGCGGCGCGAAUGGCAACCUCGGUGGGAAAUGCUGCUAG